AUGAUACGUAACUCUAAUUUAUUUGACUCAUCCCCCGAUGAUUACUACUCCGGAGCCCUCGAAAACCUUUUGCAAAGUCCGCAAAAUAUCUUAACUGACAAACGAAGUUGUAUUAGAAGAGCCGGUUCUUGCGAUCACAGGCCUAAUGAUUGCUGUCCAAAAUCAGUUGUAUUGUGUAUCCAUACAAUCUAUCGAUAUAAUAGAGUGAAUAGUGAACUCAUGACUCAUGACAUUUUGAUUUGUGUCGAUGCAAUCUAUGGGGCACUAACUGUCGCUGUCAAAGGCUUGGAUUAUUUCAGAUUUAAAAAUCAGAAGUCUUGCCAUUUGAAGAUUACGUACAAAAAGUAUACAGAUUAA